AUGGCUCUCAGCAAACGGUUAAACCGCUUCGCAUUCUCAAUGCACGGUGCACCGGAUGCAGAAGACCCGAAAUAUGGGGUAAGCAUUGGUGACAUUGGUCAACGUGGUCUCUGCCAGUUUGCGUGUGCGAUGAUUCAAUCGUCAAGGGCUUACAUCGAUGUGCGACCUAAGAUUGGUGACCAAGACUGGAAAGUCGGGACAUGUAAAGUCUCCGGAAAAAAAAGAUGGGAGAGUUGA